AUGAGAUUCGAGCAGAGCGAGAUCCUGCGCUCGCCCCCGUCUCGCGCCAUGGCCUACCACCCGUUCCUGCUGCAGCGGCCCACGGACUUCAGCGUCAGCUCGCUGCUAACGGCCGGCGGGGGCGGCGGCGGCCUGUCGGCGAGCGGUGGCGGAGGCGGCAGCGGGGGCGGCAGUCCGGCCCCACCGCCCCCGGCCGGCUGCCAGGCGGGAGGCGGCAGCAGUAGCGGAGGCAGCACCAGCAGCAACGGACCCGCGACGACACCGCCCGGCGCCGCGCAGCAGCCGCCCCCGGCCCUGCCUCCGCCCCCGGCGGCGCCGGCCGUUCCUCCGCCGCCGCCGCCUCCGCCGCCCCCGCACCCGGCGACGGCGGCGGCGGCGCACCAGUACCACUUCCUGGCGGCGGCAGCUGCCGCGGCGGCGCUGGGAGGUGCCGUCGGCCCCUACAAACUGCCCCCGGUCGCGGUGCCGCCCCCGCUGGCGGCGCACGCCGCCCACGCCGGCCCCGGCGGCCCGGCGCACGCCUACACCACGGCCGAGGAGGUGCUGGCGGCGGCGGUCGCGUCGCACCACCCGCACCACCCCGCGCUCGUGCGGCCGCUGAGGCCGCCGCUGCCGCCCGACGACGACGGCGUCGUCGACGACCCCAAGGUGACCCUCGAGGGCAAGGAGCUCUGGGAGAAGUUCCACAAGCUCGGCACCGAGAUGGUCAUCACCAAGUCCGGCAGGCAGAUGUUCCCGCAGAUGAAGUUUCGCGUGUCGGGGCUGGACGCGAAAGCGAAAUACAUCCUGCUGCUGGACAUUGUGGCCGCCGACGACUACCGGUACAAGUUCCACAACAGCCGGUGGAUGGUCGCCGGAAAGGCUGACCCUGAAAUGCCUAAGCGCAUGUACAUCCACCCGGAUAGCCCAUCCACGGGCGAACAGUGGAUGCAAAAAGUCGUUUCCUUCCAUAAGCUGAAGCUGACCAACAACAUUUCCGACAAGCACGGCUUUGUAAGUACUACCAUCCUCAACUCGAUGCACAAGUACCAGCCGCGCUUCCACCUCGUACGGGCCAACGACAUCCUCAAGCUGCCCUACUCCACGUUCCGCACCUACGUCUUCAAGGAGACCGAAUUCAUCGCCGUCACCGCCUACCAGAACGAAAAGAUCACGCAGCUGAAGAUCGACAACAACCCCUUCGCCAAGGGCUUCCGCGAUACGGGGGCCGGCAAGCGUGAGAAGAAGCAGGCGCUACUGGCAGCUCAGAGGCAUCCCGCGGCCGCGGUGGCGGCGGCUGCGGCGGCAGCCGCGGCGGCGGACGAGGACGACCGCCUGCUCGACGUGGUGGGCACCGGCGCAGACCCGCCCCCGCUACACCUGCACCACGCCCACUCCGCGUGGUUCUCGCUGUCCGCAGCGGGCUCGGCCCCCGACAUGUCUGCGGGCGAGGAGGCGGCGCUGCGGCGGCGGCUGCACCAGCACCAGCACGCGCACGGCCACGCCGUGCCGCCCCCGCCCCUCGGCCACCACGACGACAGCGAGCGCGACGGCAGCGACUCGAGCUGCUCCGAGUCGACGGUGGCCGCCGCCGCCUUCAGCCGCGGCUCGCCGCCCCAGGGCGCCGCCGCCGCCGCCGGCGACUACCCGGCGCCCAACAUCUCCGUGGGGCCGCCCAUUCACCCGCCGCCCCACCUGCUGCCCUACCUCUACCCCCACGGGCUGUACCCGCCGCUGGCGCCCGGCCCGCCGCUGUCGCUGUUUGCGGGCCCCGGCGGCGCGCCCGGCGCCGCCCCCGGGCUGCUGUUUAACGCGCAACUGGCCCUGGCUGCGCAGCACCCGGCGCUCUUCGGCCACUACUCGGCGCUGCACCACCCGGCUGCGACAGCCGGCGGGGGCGGCGCCGGGGGCGGCGGCGCGCUGCACCACCCGCUGGGAGCCAAGGGCGGCCGCUUCGCGCCCUACUCGCUGCCCGGCAACUCCGUGGGCUCCGCCUUCGAGACUGUGACGCCCGGAGGCGGCACCGGCGGGGGUGGCAGUCCCAAAUCGCACCUGCACGCGCCGCCCCCGCAGCACACGCCUCCCGGGCCACUGCCGCAGCCGACGCCCCUCGGACCGCUAUCCACCGGCUCGAGCUCGCCCCCAGCUUCGCCGCCGCACCAGCAACAGCAGGAGGCGGCGCCGCCCCCACCACCCGCGCCCGCCGCCACCGCCAGUGAGCUCAAGAGCAUCGAGAAGAUGGUGAACGGCCUCGAGGUGAAACCGCGCGACGCCUCUCCCAAGUGCGGCGACGACAAGGUGGUGGUCUAGCGAUCGCGGACUCCCUGCGAUGUCGUCCUUUACUCCAGUCGGCGCGGCUGAACCCGGGGUCGACGUCUCGGAACGCCUCCAGUCCUUCAAUAUCUUCCACAGUCCAAAAGUCGGGCUGUUACCUUGUUGUACAGUUAGUAAUGUGCUAUCGACGAUAACUCUGACUGCAGAAUAAAGUGGGAGGAGCGAGCAUGAGUUUCAGCGCUUCAUACACUGGCUGGCGUCUUUCAGAGGCAGUAGUAAUUUAAUGGAGCAUUUUUGUUCAUAAAAUCCGUAUGAUGAUUGCGGUCUUGGUUGAGAUGUGCUUCUCCUACAGAAAGUACAACUGCUGUUCCAUCAACAAUUUGAAAAAAAGAAAUGUCCUGUCCGAUGGUUAUUAAAACCAAACAUUUCGUGUCACUAUUGAAAGAACAUCAUUUUGUGUCACUAUUGGAAGAACCACCUUCUUUACGGAUGUGCGUUUCACUGUACACGCCAUCUCUAGUAAACAUAGGUGCUGCCUACAUUGCCGUGUAGUAUGACUGCCUGUUGACUCUGCAUCCUCCUCCCACGUAUUCCCCAUGCUGUAAGAGCUGACAUCGUUUUUCUAACGAUAGAACACCGACUGAGAAAAAGGCUAUACACACAAAGAACAAUGAAAAUUGCUGCAUUGAAGAUUUUUUGUUUAUAAUUUUCCGCCUUACUAGAAACCGCUUAGUUUUGUGGAACUAAAAGCGGCCUUGUCAAAUUCAUUUCCACUACUGUACAGAAGUUUGUAAUUUUGCCAAGAAGGACAGCGGACACGCCUAGAAACGGGUGAAACGAACCGUUGGUACAUGGACUUCUCUUUUGAAGAUAAACGAAAUGGACAUUUUGAUCAACGAGUUUCGACACACCGUCUGCCCCCCAUCUGAAAACUAGCGUCGAGGUUGCGCUUUGUAAUACGAUAUCUACAGCUAGCUGUACACAUAUUAUACAUAAAUAAUUUUAAACUAUGUAAAUAGAAGAAGAUUCAGCAAAUAACAAUAUGCAUCAUGUACCAUAGAACGUCUGUGUAUAAGUGAAUAAAAUGUUUUAUUUAUACCAAAGAAAGUAUGUUUGUUUAUAAAAAAUACAAAAUUAUUGUCUCUUGUAAAUCAUAGUGAACAUACGAAGCUGGAACAUGUGCAGUGACGAAUAGAUGAAGUAGGUCUUUGAGCUUUUGUGUGUCCCUGGCCUGCCUUUGUAUAAUAAAACAAUUUUUAAAAAACUGAAAAA